AUGAAACUAUUAAUACUACUCAUUUCAAUAUUUUUAUUUUUUAAUUUUGUUUUAUCACAAAAUUUAAUAAUUCCAAAUUUAAAUUAUGAAAAAUUACCAAAUAAAACAUUUACAUUAAGGGGUGAUGGUAUUGGUAAUGAAUCAUUUAAUAGUAGUAUUGAUAUAAAAAAUAAUGUUAAAGUUAUAUUAGAAUGGAAAUAUGAUAAAGCAAAGAACCAAUUUAAAAGUAAUUGGCCAAAGAAUGCAGAAAAUGUAACGGUUCCUGAUAUUUUAAUUAUUGAAAUUGAAAAUAAUGAUUACAUUUUUUCAACAGAUAAAACUAAACAACCAGAUAUUAAAAAUGUAAUUUUAAAAUCAAAUCAACUAAUAAUUAAAGGUAAAUAUUUCUCAUAUAAUAUCUCUGAUAUUUCAAUAACAUCAGGAGACACAGAGAUUUGUUUUGUAAAGAAAUCAACAUUUAAUUCAAUUGAAUGUCAAAUGGAAAAUCCAACUGCUUUUCAAUUAAAUUCUGUUGCAAUGUUAAUUAUUGGUAAAGAUAGAGGUGACUCUUUUAGAAUUUGUGAAGAUUGUCAAUUUAAAACUAAUACGAAUACAAAUACAAAUAAUAAUAAUAAUAAUGAAAACAAUAAUAAUGAUGAUGAUAACAAUUACAAUAAUAAUGAUAACAAUAAUUCAUCUAUAAAACUAUCUUCAAAUUUAAUACUAUUAUUAUUAUUAUUAUUAUUUUCAAUUUUUUUUUAUUAA